CAACAUAGAUUUGUUGAGCAGUCUGGCUUUCGGUGCUGUGGGACACGGGCACGAAGUGUUGCGGCUCCGAGUUCUGAAUGGUGUAAGUCGCGUGGUCGCAUUGACCUCAGAUUACUGUGACUCCUUUGGACUUAUGUCCGAUUUGCGCUCAACGUUGUCCCUUUUCAGUCCGCGAUUUGCGUCCUGCCAGUGCCUCCUCGAGGUGUAGUUUCAGCGGGAUGCAUGCUCGAGUGAUAUGCCAUUGACCAAGCCAAUGGAGCUAGUGGAAAGCAAGCAUUCCGCGUGCGUAUCUGAAAUCCGCUUGUGCCAAUUCAGAGUGUAAAACCGGCUCUGAAAAAUUACUAAAAUAUUUUAUUAAAAAUAAUCGCGCGAAAACGAAUGGAAUUUAGUGCAAAUAGUGCGGCAUUGCUCGGCGUGGUACUCAUUAUUAUUAUACUUUCGUUGGUGGCUUGGCGCUGAGUGCUUCUCUCGUGGAUCCAUGCUCAUAUUUGGAUGCUGUGAAAAUUCUCCGAGUUGGGAUUCAGUUGGUUUGGUUCAGUUCAUAAUCAUUUAUAAGGUGAUCUGUCCUAUGCUUGGAAAUUUGUUUUGUAAUUUGUGGUGAGCCCCUGGGGCGAAUAUUUUUCGAAUUGUGCGCGCGCAUACACAUAAGCUCGACGAGCUCUAGCCUAGCGUUGGUGCGGUAGCGGCUCAGUGAAGCCUGGCUUAACGCGGACCGAGCCAAAUACAAACCUUCCCGCACUACACUGCCGCGGCGACGCCACCGUUUCCACACGUUUUUUGCGCUCAUUCUUCGGAUGCUUUUGUAUAGUAGUAUUCAUCGAAUUUGGAGCUGAAUUCGCCGUAGGCUCAUUACUGGAGCCAUUGCCUCUCGCCGGACCCACUCACUGCCAUUGAUUCUAGCCGAAGACUAGCUAGGCUCAGCAGAGGUCAACCAGGCGACACUGCGGUGCUGAAACUUAGGUUAUGAUUGUGCUGCUGAGAUGAAUCGGUGAUGGAGAGCUUAUAGAAGUACCAGCGACACGGACACCUUAAUUAAAAUUUCGACGCUGGACGGUGGAGCUUUCGCAAGAGGAAGCAGGAGGAGGAAGACGCGUAGAAGGAAUUCAAUUUCUUUCCAUCCGCAUUUGCAUACUAUUUCUUGAUGAUCGGAUUAUUUUUUCACAAUACCUAUUCAUAAUAUUUGAAUGGAAUAACAUUAAAAGUGUGCUUUUCUCUCGGAUUUGAAUUUGAAUCGAAUCGUUCUGUUGGAUUUUACUUCGGUUUAGUGUUGAAAAUUACAGCUAUUUAUCGAUUUACGAACACGGAUUACAUUUGAAUUCCCGGAGCUCUGAAAAGAGAAAAGAAUAUUUCCAGCAGAUUACUGCAGGUGGUAACGAUGCAGCAUGCGAGCUUUUUGUACCGUCAGCGCACCCUUAGAGGUAUGCGCGCCACCGACCAGACCGCUAUCUCCAGGUUCACGGUUUUUAGCCCUUCGAUUAUUAGGCACAACACAACCUCGUACACUAUACUUUCUAGUCGAAGCAAAAAGUCGUAUACGCGAAGUUUACACACAAACAUGCUUGCACUUCGCCAAACAAGGAAUGUUAGAUGCCGAACUAUUCGGCCUAGCAGUUUUGAUAGAUGGCGAGUAUAUGUUCGCAGACCCCGAGAGCAAACUUUCCAAGUAUGGUCCAAAAAGUUGGCGUUCAUCACACACACACGGUCUCGAUGCAAAUGGUCGCCCUCUCCUGGAACUACACUUUCGCGUGCAAUUUUAUGUGGAGAGUCCGUUCAUGCUACGAGAUGAAACUUCAAGACGAAACUAUUACUUACAACUGCGUGCAAACGCAUGCAGCCGGGAUGUUCCCAAAGACUAUUCCGAACAAUCUAUGGUACUAUUAAGUGGUCUGGCCUUACAAGCAGACUUUGGGGACUAUCCGCUGGACGAUGAAAUUGUGGACUCAUCGAAUGGGGGUGGGGGUGGUGCCAUUGGUGGCGGUAGUAAUAGUACUAGUCGCAGUAGUAAUAUUAAUAAUCCUAGUAUUGGAGGCGGUGCUGGAUCAUCGCUUACAACCUCGUCAACAUCGCUCGCAACAACCAGUAGCGGAAUACACCCAGUUGUGUCCGCUUCUUCAUCGAACGCAUCUUCCAGCAACGCUGCACCGGAUUAUUUCCAGAUUGAGGACUAUAUACCAUCAAGUAUCGGUUCGGCGUGGUGUAGAAGUGCCUUGAGAGCGUGUCACCGGGAAAAUCGGGGGAUGUCGCGAGCCGAUGCUGAGCUUACGUAUAUUCGCCAAGUGUGCGCAUUGCAUGAUACAAUCAAUGCCCACGUUUAUCGAAUGAAACUUUCGAAAAGUGAAACCGGUGCAGGUUCUGUACAUUUUAUAAUCUAUUCUAAAGGUAUUAAGAUUUGCGGAGAAAAUACUCAACCCAUUACAUUCCUAUGGCCUAAUAUUAUUAAGCUAAGUUUCGAACGUAAGAAAUUCGAAAUACGUUCCAGUGAUAAUAAGAUAACACUGUACUCAUCAAGCGAUGAAAAGAAUAAAAUGAUCCUUACAUUGUGUAGGGAAACCCACCAAUUCAGUAUGAAAGUUGCAGCUCGACUGAAGGAAGCUAUGAAGCGAGAAGAGGAGGAGAGCAGUAGCUUGCAUGCGUGCUAUAUGUAUUCGAGAAGCCUUAAUUUGCCAUAUAAAAAUAAGAAUGAUCAAAGGAUAUCGGUGAUAUCAAGUACGAGCUCCAACACAACUUCAGGGAUCGUGAGUGAUCGCGUGCAUUCAGAAGAUGAACUGGAAAUAAUGAUAAACACUCCGCCGGCGGUGCCGAUAGCAGCUCCGUCAACCGAGAGCUUAGCUUUGGCCCAUCUCCUGGACAGACCAAGUGUGAGUCGGCAAACCUCAUCCGUUGGUCAAGUAUCUCUUAAGGACUUAGAAGACCAUUUGGCUGCAUUAUCAGUACGGUCAAAUACUCGAUCGAUCAGCAGCGAGUCGACGACAGAUCCAUCGACCGAUCGGUCUAGAGGUAGCGCGGAAGCCAAUGAAACGGACUCCCCAAAUUCACAGCAUAACAUAGGAUCGCAAUGUUCUUCGACUUGCAGUACCGUAGUAGUGGCUACAGACACAAUUACAUUAUCUUCCUUAUCCGCCCAUCCAGCCUCUGCAGUCCGUCGUCCAUCCACUUCAAGUAGCUUGGAGCUGGGAUUCAGUCAUACUGCUCAGAAUUCAACUCUUAGCGAAGGUGCUAGUACAUUCAUUGAUAAUGAGUUCAUUUCAACUAAUGACGGCGAGGACGAAUGCAUCUCCGGUGUUUAUACGUUAGAUCACGUCCCACCCACCGAAACUUCAGGCGUGUAUACUAUGAACAGCAGUGAAAUGACGGGACAAUCAUCAGAAAUCGCCGAAUCGGAAAGUCAUGAAAGUUCACAUUACGGAAGUUUUCAGCCUCAAAGUGAAAUCGGUGAUGGAAGCGUACCAAAUAUUGACUCGGUCGACGGACAAUAUGGGAAUUGUAUGGAUAAUGAAGAUAUCGGUGAGUUCCGACUGAGGUCGGAUUCGAACAUAAGUGCAUCGGGUUCAUUCAGAGGAGACGGGAGCGACCCCACAGAUAACAAGCAUACUUUACUAAGUGCUGAAGAACUAACUGACCUUAUCGUGGGACGCGGUACAUAUCCUUCAAGGAAAACCGUAAGCAGUACACUCGAUUCAGAUUGUGAUUACGUAACUUUGCCUUUACCGCUGGAAGGUGAUAGUUACAUACAAGGCCACCAGGAUACCGCUCCUACAGAGGACAAUGAUGACAUUGACGAAUUGCUAAAAGAUCCUCCAGCUCCUCCAAAACGAAUUGACAGUAACAUUCAUCAUUCAUUAUCAAGUCUAGUAGAUAUAAGACCUCGAUCGCCUCCUCCUUACAAUGCAAGACACCAGAAGACAGGUCUUCGGGGACCUCCAGUUUGCAGUGAAAUACCUCCAAUUACUUUACCACUUCGGGAGCCUCCACCAUACCCACAAAGUUCUCAUCAGAAACCUCAACCAGUAAGAAUAUCAACGCUCAAAGCACAAACUCAUCAGGCAAUACCAAAGCAGAGCACAUCGCAUUUAAUAUCAAGCAAUCCAGCAAUUUUACCUGAAGAAGUAACAGCUCGUUUCAUUACAACGCGGCCGCAUAUUAAUAUCCUGAAAGCGCACACAUCAGUUGUAAGCGAAAAUCCAAAGCCUAGCUUUGCCGCACCAACGGUCUCGGCUAUCUCUCAUCCACAUUCAGCGUCACAGAGUCCCUUGGCUUCAAUUCAAAGCACGGUGGGCAUACCUAUAGUUCCUUACAAUUUGCACACGCCUCACAAGAGUAUGUCAGCUAUUCCGCCGCCACCACACUCAUAUCCCGAAGUCAAGGCACCACCUCAACCAUGCGUCCUGCUUCCGGUCAUAAAACCUCGUCAAUACCUACCACCUCCCCCACCAACGAUUCCCAGGCAACCACCACCGCCGCCUCCUCCCCAAUUGGCCACUGUAUACACAAGUCAGUUGGCUCGUUCUCAGAUCGAGCUAUACCAACAACAACUCUACAGUGAUGUAGACUACGUGAUCUACCCGCUUCAGGAUCCUGCUGUUAGUCAGCAAGAAUAUCUGGACGCCAAACAAGGAUCAAUUUUAGCUGCAAUGGCCCAAAGCCCACCACCACCGCCAUACCUCGCAUAUCAUACAAGCAGUCCUCACACUGGUUCAUGGGAUACCUGCAAAGGACAUGCCAUCUAUCGAAGUACACCAUAUCUCCCGAUGGCUAUAUCCACACAUUCCCGCUAUGCAUCAACACAAAACUUAUCAGACACUUAUGUUCAACUACCUGGGGCCUACUCACCCCUGUAUAGUCCAUCAGUUGCAAGCUUAUGUUCAUCGUAUGAACCACCACCGCCACCACCAUUGCGACCGGCGAACAUUCCACCGCCUCAGGCAUUAUUUUCGAGAUCAAGAUCGGAUGAUAAUAUUUUGAAUUCAAUUGAAACGACACCAAAAAUUAAACGACUACCACCACCACCACCACCAUAUCAAGCACGUCGUGUUAAAAAGCCGCCGAUGCCAGCACCAACAGAGAAACCUCCACCGAUACCAACAAAACCCCAUGUGCAUAUUCCGCUUCAACCACGCUCCACCUCGUUACAACGCAAAAUUGCUAGCAGCAUGGCCAACAUCCCCCUCACUCCCAUUUUGAGCCCACUCAUUCCCAAUUCAUCGACGACUCCCGUCACCAACCGAGUCCCAUCGAAAAUCCAACCGCCUGAACCAAUAACGAGCAACGGAGGAAGUAGCUCUCCCAACAACAAUAGUGGAGGUGUUACACAAAUUGAUAUCCAGGCUCUUCGGGAGAAGAGCAAACACCUGGAUCUCCCCCUGAUAUCGGCUCUCUGUAACGAUCGGUCGCUCCUAAAGCAAACAAAAGCAUUCGUUCUGCCCAAACACCCGAAAAACACAUCUUCAGCAGUAAGUAAUCAGCAGCAACAGCAAGUGCACUCCCCCGUCGCACCGCUAUCUACUAAUAUGAGUAAGUCUAAGUAUCCUGUAUCAGGAUUGAGUACAACGCAGCUGGCAAAGCCACGCAAGACAUCGAUAAGCCAUCGUCACCCGAACGAUAAACUACCACCGCUGCCGGUUGCGAAUACGAAUAACUACGUUAUGGACCCCACACCGCCGGUCGCUAGUAAACAUAAGAGUUUUAAUUCUCAGCCCAGUUCAUGAGUUAUUUUAAUUCCCCCCUUGAUCCCAAUCCACUCUUAGAUAGGUUUAUCGUAGGCAAUAGUAUGUAAGCGAAAAUGGUAUUAGGACGACACAUUUUUGGACUCAGGUGCGAGGCGAUCCUGAGCUUUGGUACAAUUUUUUCCAAAUUUACAAUCGUACCUCAAUCCUUGUGAAAAACAAAAUUCUAAGUAUACGAAGCGUUAAAUUGUACAACAGACCGGAACUGGUUCUUACUGAUUUCCUUAAGUUGCAUUCAAGCGUGCCUUUUAUUUCAUACUCCAUUUAAUUAUUGACUUUGUUGUUGCAACAUAUUGUGCUGUUUUUUAACAUCUAAAACCUAAAAAUUUCUAAAAACUAACUGAAAACAAACUAAUUUAAGGCCCAUUGAUAGAAGAUACGCAGAUUUAGGAAGCUUCACGACGAUAUGAAAGCAGAAAAAGUGAAUAAAUCCUUCUUAAUUAUUUCGUAGUCUAAGUAAUUCAUCCUUUGGUGGUUUUGAAUUGAUACACAAUAAUCUGUACAAAAACAUGCAUCAAUUGAAACUCAAUUGACAUAAGUUCGUUAUUUGCAUAUUGUAUAGUUGUAAUUUCCUAUGAUUUCAUGUUUUUCUUGAAAAUUCCAUUCAAAAUAUAAUUAUUCCAUAAUAAUAACAUAAAAGGUUCCGUUUUUAAAACAAAAACACUGAUAGAUUUUUAAGCGAAGGAUCAUUAAAACCCUUCGCAAAUAGAUAAUCAUUAUCUUGAGAUUUAACAAUCCUUUCGAAUCCAGAGAAGCCUCCUUCUUGAAAACAGGUUAGAGGAACGUACAAGAAGUUACAUUUUUGAAAUUUGAUAUCCUUGGUGCAGCAGGACUCCCUCGAGUCGUGGACGCAAUUCCAUGAAGCUGUGCGCUAUUCAUGUUCCGCCUUUAAUUUGCAUUUAUAAUAGAGUGAAAGUAUUUAUUCGUUUGAAGGGAUUGUUAAAUCAGUCACACUCGAUGUGCGGAAUCAACUGUUUCGCCAUUUUAUGCGUUAUAUGAUUAGGACUAGUAAGAAAUUAAUAUUUUUGUAAAACUAGUGGAAAAUGUCUUUACUUACUGUAGUAAUUAUUACGAAGAGAAUAUGUGAGCAAUUGUUUGUAAUUGUUUGCGUAUUUGCAGGUAUGUGAGAUGUAAUGUUGAAGCAACGUAUCUUAUAAACAACAAAUAAAUUUGUAAAAUAUUGAAAAUUAA